AGUGCAGCGUGAGUCAUGAAGGACGCUUACGUCAUCACUCGACCCGAAAACGAAACAUCGAUGCGAGUAAGGUUGGCAGCGCGCAAUGGGUUUCGUCGCUCGACGUUGGCGUCCUGCGCCUCGGCAGUCACCGCCAGCAACAUGGCGUCCGGCGAGCUCAGUUUGGAACAAAUUCAGGCGUUUUUUAAGGAGAACGGCGGCAAAGUGAAAAAUCGGGACGCGGUACGGUAUUUCAGACGAUACCUGACGGAUCCCGAGAACAAAGACGAAAAUCGCGUAAAAUUCAAGCAGCUUGUCAACACUCUCGCCCACACCAAAACCGAGGACAACGAAAAAGUGCUCAUCCUCAAAUCGAAAUACCUCAGUUUCACCGAAUCACCGCCGCAUUCUCCGUCGGGGGGAGCGUGGGAUCCGCGAAACGCGCUGGGCAUCCCCACGUUCCCUUUGGCGGAGUGUUCGCCGCAAAACACCCCCGUCAGACAACCGCCGCCUUACCGAAAUCCGCCCCCGGUAGCGUCUCCUUCGCCCUCGCUAAGCAGCGUUUCGCUGAGCUCGAGCACUACGACGCUGAGCGAGCCGCCUCAGAACGAACCACCGCAAGCGCCGCCCAGACGCAGGGACUCCGAGAAACGCAGAAGUAAGGAAUCGCUGAGCGAUGCCGCUCAGAGAGAGGUGGACGCGGGAUCGGAGGACAAAGCCUCGAUCAGCGUCAAGGAGAGGACUCAGAAGUUUAAUAGGAUGGCGUCUACGGAGGACGAACUCAGUCCCAGAGUGUCCAAGUCUGCUGAGAAGGAGAAAGUCAAACCUAGUUGGAUGGUCGAUGAUGCCGACAACUCUACUUUACCACCGCUGGAACCGAAAAAGUGUCAGGAGUGGUACGUCACUGCUAGCCGUGGCGACUGCCAGGAGCUGAUGAAGCUGGCAAGAUCAGAGCCCAGAUUGGUGCAUAAAAAGGAUCCUUUCUCGGUGAGUCGCCAUGUUUAGGUAAAGUAUACCGGAAAUAU